GAUUCAUGAACUUGAACCAAUGCCCUCUUAACGACAGAAAUGAAAUUGGGUUGAAUAAAUGUCAAAGGAAGAGUAGCCUCUAGGCAAAGAACAACUCCUAACAAAAAUCAAAGGAGCACAAUAAAACAUCGGGACCCAAGACUUUCCACUUGAAAAAACGAGCUUUCAUUUGUUCACGUCGGCUCGUCUCUUUAGCUCUCAAAAAGAGAAGCAUGGAGUUUUUAGACGAGGACGCCAGACCUCGAUUCCUCUUUCAAUCUCGCCCGAUCCCAUCUUCACUAACCAAUACCCAAACCCAACAAAAACCACUUAACAAAUUGUUCCUCUUCCUAUCAAUCUCUCUCUCUUCCCUUUUGUUGCUUCUCUCCUUUCUCUACCUCCAAACAGAACCAAUCAGAUCCCUCCUCUUCUGGGUCUCCAUCUCCCUCCUCGUUGGCCCUUUCGCUCCCUCUCACCUCACUGGAGGUGACAUUCGUGUUGGUGAAGGCCCAGUCCUUGAACCCCUUGAACAAGAACCCGAACUUGUAGAGGAAAAACAAGCUAGAAAAAAGAGAUCAAAACCGAUUAGAUCUGAAGAGAUUGUGAAGAAUCCGAUUCAAAAUGUGGAAAUAGCAAAUGGGUUGUCGAGUAAAGGGAAAAAGGCUGAAACUUUGGCUACUGGUGAAAAGGGUUUGGUGAGAAAUGAGGGAGAGAAGGAGUGGAAUGAAGAGGAUUCGGAGAUUCUGAAGAAACAAAUGGUGAAGAAUCCUGUAGGGAAGCCAAAGAGAUGGGAGGUGAUUGCUGAGGCAUUUAAUGGGAGGUAUAGAGUGGAGAGUGUGAUAAAGAAAGCUAAAGAAUUGGGAGAGAAGAAGAUGGAUGAUAGUGAUUCCUAUGCGAGAUUUUUGAAGAACAGGAAGCCACUGGAUACAAGAGCUGAAAGUGGGAGUCAAGGAUUGGAGAGUGAUGAAAGUGGGCAGGAGGUUGGUGGUGGAUUGGGGUGGACUACAGGAGAGGAUAUUGCUUUGUUAAAUGCAUUGAAAGUAUUUUCUAAGGAUGUGGCAAUGAGGUGGGAGAAGAUUGCAGCUGCUGUUCCGGGGAAGUCAAAGGCAGCUUGUAUGAAAAGAGUUACUGAAUUGAAAAAGGAUUUUCGGAGCUCGAAAGCUGGUUCUGAAAGUUAGAGGGAAUGUUGGAUUUCUUUGUUGAUUAUAAGCAGAUUAUAAAUUUGAGGCAGCAUUGUGGAGGGCAUUUUUAAUGCAGGAGCAUUCCUAAAUGAUGUAGGAGCUGAAAUAUUAUUAAUGGAAGGACAUGAAAGGCAAGCAAAUUAAAAUCCAUAUGACUUAACGGUGGCCUGGGACAUAGUUCGCACCUGUGUUUGGUCAUAAGCGAUGAAGAAUAGCCUAACUCAUCACUCUUUGAUUGAGAGACUGGGUACAUCUAAGCCUAUAUUACUGAAUUUUAUUUGGGUUUUAUUAUUGGGCUUAACGUUAUUUUAUUUUAGACUUCAUUUUAUUUCUAGUGAGCCUUUAGCCCUAAUUGUUGGUGGUUGUGUAGGGUGUUGCUAUUCGUAUGUAAUUUUUCACAUUAUGUACUGUUUUUGGAUGAAUUUUAAAAAUUUACAGAUUUCCUCCUCC